CAUCAGCGCAGACCACAGAGAGGCUUUUCCGGUCAUUCUGUGCGUCCCGUUGAUCGCUGCUGCUGUGAUGAAGAGCAUGAGACUGUCCUGUUAGCGGAUCACCGGACUGUUGAUCUCUUCGGAUCUUAAGAAACCGCCAAAAGGUAGAUGGACUAUAUCGGGCGGGACACUUCAGCCUGCUGGGACAAAUGUCUCUGACACACUCCAAGACUCUCCUCUGUGAAGACAAGAACACAAUCAAACUGCUGUAGUUUAUCAUCCUGACAUGAUGGGGGGGUCACUCUGGAUUUCUCGAGGUGCUACUGAAGCGGUGUUCAGAAGGAGCUUCAUCACAGUUCUUCCUCUGGCUUUAUUGUUGCCAACAUUGACAGUCAGUGCACAAAUAGGAGGUACUUUGGACUGCCACAAGAUUUGUGUGUGCGCCAGCAACAUCAUCAGCUGCUCCAAGAUGAAUCUAACCAACGUUCCUGUCGCUCUUCCACAAUAUACAGCGGUUCUGGAUCUCAGCUUUAACAGAAUCAUCAGGCUACGGGCUGAGUGGACCUCGGUAACACUAGACAGACUACACACUCUGUUGCUCAGCCACAACAACCUCACCUUUCUCUCCUCUGAGGCGUUUGCAUAUGUGACAAAGCUUCGUUACCUGGACCUUUCCUUUAAUGGAAUCCGCCAGCUGGAUGAGUACAUUUUUGAGCCGCUGGAGUACCUUGAGGUGCUGCUGCUUUACAGCAACUGCAUCUCUCAGAUAAGUACCUCUGCCUUCUCUGGCCUCAUCAACUUGCAGAGGCUCUAUCUGAGUCAGAACAAGAUCUCACGCCUUCCCUUGGAGCUGGUGAAGGAUCAGACGAGGCUGGAAACUCUUAGACUGCUGGAUGUGUCCUCCAACAAAAUCAAAGUCCUGCCCCUCCAUGAUCUUCAGGCUCUGCCCGCCUGGGUCAAGAGUGGUCUGUACUUCCACAACAACCCUCUGCCCUGCAGCUGUGAGGUGCACGACAUGGUGGCCCGCUGGCACCUCAAGGAGCUCAGCUCUACCAUGGACUUCAAGGGCAGCCACACUUGUUUGUUACCAGGCCACCAGAAAGAGAAAAUGGCCAUACUGGAUCUAGACAAGCAGUUUUUGAACUGCAGUGAGGUUAGGGUUAAUGACAAAGAAAGCUAUCUGGAGCAGUUCCUGGUUCUGGACUGUGACAGCAGGGAGAGGCACAUGAUGAAGACCUGGGCGCUGCCUGGAAACAUCAAAGUGCCCCCAGCCUCUGUCACUGCUGUGAAGCGUUCUGACGGCAGCCUCCGGAUUGGGCCCCUGAAGGCAGAGGACUCAGGGGUCUACACCUGCUAUGCCACCAGUGACUCCUUCAAUGAGACGCUGUAUGUAACUGUAAUGGUGUUUAAUUCCACAAAAAGCGGUGGGCUGGAGAACCUAAAAACGGCCUAUACCACCCUCAUAGCAUGUCUGAUCAGUUUAGUUAUGGUUCUCAUCUACCUCUAUCUCACACCCUGCCGCUGCGCUUGUUGUCCAGGUCAAGGCCUGGAGAAAAGCGACCCCAGAGACAGCCUCCACUCUUCAACUGUUAGCAUCUCUCAGGCACACGAAGAGAUGGGGCAAGAAAGAGUGGAAGGCGGAGGCUUCGCCUACAGACAUGUGGCCUUCCUGCAACCCAAGGACCAGCUGGAGCAGAACGGGAGGUUGAAUCCAAUAGGCGAGGAAGACGAGGAGUGGCAGGGGGACAACAGGGAGAGAAGGAGGUCUGAUGCAGAGUCUGUCAGCUCUGUGUGCUCCGAUACCCCCAUGGUGGUGUAAAAGUCAGUGGCAUGGCUUGAGGGUAAGACAGUGAUGGCUCGACCCAUGUGGCUGCUACACAGGGAUUUGUAUGCUUUGAAUGUGUGCACGAUUCAAAAGCUUUAGUUGGCUCUCACAGCUGGUGGCACUGUUAUAGUAGCAAUGUCUUGAUAAAAACAAUUUAGAAACAGCCCAAAACAUUCUGAUAAUGCAGAAAGAUGUGGUUAAAAUAAAUAGUGAAUAGUGUCACUUUUACUGCAAAUUAUUGGCUGGCCCUGCAAGAAAUUGCUAUGCAAGUCGAGUGUUUAAGGCUUCACUUUAAAUAAAAGUUAUACAGCUUUUUUAUGCACUGGAUCACAGCACUGCAAAGAUUUAGAGGUGUAUCACAAAAGUUGCUGCUUGAAAGAGAAGCUCAUUUUUAUGCAGAGUUCACCUAAUUAUCACUGCAAGAUGCCAGAAGGUGCAACGUGUAAGAUACCAGAUGUUGAGAGUUUACAGUUUUGAUGUUAUGUCAAAGACGACUAUGCAUUGUAUUGCAGAGAUACAGUAUCUCCUGGGAGGACGAAAUGAAAACACAAACACAAAGACUGCUAAGUUAAACGAUAGGCCGACGGCACACGAGAAGAGCUAAGCUAGCAGCGUUAUUAUGACCAGCUCUCAGAGUUUCAGCAGUUUGGUCGAAUUCUGCGUAUUCAUGCCCUGCCGUUAGUUGUUACUUUAAAUGUAAUAACCUACGACUGUAGAUUUUGGUUGUAUGGACCCAGUAGUAGAGGUGAAAAGCUGCCCCUGCAUGUGGCCAAGCAUUACACGUUGCACCUUUUAAUAUUCUUGCUAUAUUUACCGUUUGGUUUCGUCUGCCUUUACAGGACAUACUGUAAGGAUUACUCUUAUGCAAUUUUAUCUAUUUAUAUUAAAUUAGAUUUGAGUGUGAUUUAAUGCUCAGUUAAUAAUAUUUGCGUUUGCAGUAACUGAGCUUCUAUUGAAGUGUUUUUUUGAUUUAAAUACUGCUUUGUAUGCAAGUCUAUUUGAAGUAAUUUUGGAUUCAGCAUAUUUACAGAAUCAUUAACACAGCCUGUUAGGAUACAUUGUACUUUUACUGUAAUUCACUUUAUGCAGAAAUCACAAUUUAUAUUAGUAAUAGUUUGAAUUGUUUCUCAAAAACAUGAUAACAAAAGGUUUUAAGAGAAACCAGACGACAGCCAGUGUAGUGGCAGUUAUUAAAGAUGACCACAUGCACACACUGUAAGUAUUACUGACUGAUAUAUACCUCUUUAAAUCUAUAUAAAUACAACUAAUGACUAAUUACAGACACAUGUACAUGAAAUAUUGAUGAUGAGCCAGUUAUUUCACACAAUAUUUAAAUUGCACGGUACUUGUGUGAUGAUUCAACAAAGAAAACGCCUUUCUAUUAUGAAUGAGUUCCAGUAGUUGCUACAUGUCACGACUUCAUUUGCACAUAUCACAGUUGACAGUUUCCACUGUCAGUGUAGCUGAUACAGAUUUAAGCCUUAAUUCUUCCGUGUGAACUGUGUAGGAAGGGUUAAUCAUGUUCAAAAAUACUAUAAUGCCAAUUCUAGUUUAGACUAGAUGCAUAAGAGUGGGUUCAAAAUCCCAAAAUAAAUCCUACUUUAUUUGUUACGAUGCAAUGAAAACGACAUAUUCAGCAUGAGAUUCAGACUGCUGACAUCCUGUCCCAUUAGACAGUUAAUAGCAGCCAGGAAGCAUCGCCCAAGGGGAACCACUGAGAGCGAGUACCAUCUACUGAAUGUUUCUGAGCAUUAGUGCCCAACCCUCAACAAAUCUUUAAAUGCCAGCCAGCCAGCAGUCUCAUAAACACAGUCAGAAAUAGCAGCUAAUAGUGCAGCCAACAUGCAGGCUGCCUGACGCAGAUGAAAUGUAAAUAUAGAAGUAGAAGUUUUUAAACACAUCUUCAUUUUAGUUACAUUGCUAAAAUACCUUCAAAAAGCUGUCCAUGACAAGAGAUGGAGUCCCGUACAAAAGAUGUUUUCACAAAACCUAAAGUCACUCUGGCUCUGUAGCUGAGGAGCGAUUGUCACAGAACACAAUUUAAAAUGAUAUUAAUAACAUAACAAUUAUUAUUCAGUGAAGCAAUUUAACAGCAAAACAUAAUCCCAGAUGAUAGAUGUAGCAUUGUACGGUAGAUGUACUUUUAUUUAUGAAGAAACUAUUAUUAUCACUUCUCGUGGUGCCUUUUCAAGAUCAUUUUGGUAAUUCAACACCUUUAAUUAAAUGUCUUCGUAGGAAUUACAGCACUAAAAAUACUCAUGGCAUUGUGUGCGUGGUCUAAUAGUAUUAUAAUGUAGCUACGUCACCACUUAUAUCUCUGAAAAAGGGAACAUAUCUACUGUAUGUUAAUGUUGUGCACAUCUUUCCCCUCUGAAAGUUACUUGUAACCAAAGACUGAGUUUCGUGCUGAGAAUUUAUAAACUACAUGUUCAGUGUUUACAGUCAGCACAGUUAUAUUUAGUAUGUUAAGUUAACCAACUGUGUUUUGUUUGUUUGUGUUGAGCAACACAUUUAUAUUUUAAUAUAUGCAAUCCUGUAUUUUUAUUAUUUACUGCAUUAUAUCGUGUCUAUUAUUGUAUUGUUCAUGUAUUUUAUAAACUACAAAAACAUGGCAACAAAGAGUGAAUGAUGUUCGUUAUGUUCCUUUAAGCACUGAAUAUGUCAAACUGAGCUGAAGUCACAGACUUUUUUAAAAGAUAAAGUUAAAGGAAUUUUUCAACAUUUUGGGAAAUGUGCUUAUUCACUUUCUUCCCCCGAGAGUUAGAUGAGAAGAUUGAUACCACUUCUAAUCUAACUGACUGCAAGAAAGUGUAUUUUCCAAAACGUUAAAGUGCUCUAGAUGUGACCGAACAGAUAUGAUGAUGACCUCAUUUUGACGUCUGUUUAGGCUCAAGAUCAGGCCUCAG